ACGAAACAUUUAAAAAUUUUGCACUCAGAAAAUUUAACUCAAUGCCCUAAUACUGUUAACGAACCGAAACUUCUUCAGAAAAAUUAUUAUCAUUCUCUUGAAAAAAAAUUAAUUAUCAUCUUUCGAAAAUCUACUAUCCUGAAUUGAAAAUCUACAUACCUGUUUUUAGGCAAAACUCGAACGGGCCAGAUAUCUGCCGUCCGACGACCCUUGGAAGGUAUGUGUUAUGUGUUUCUCUCGCCGACACGAGUCUAUUCAUGCCCAUGAAUCGGGUCAAAUCUUUGAUUUCAUCUUUAAACUAUACAAGAGAGAUCCUCUCACUCCUAUGCAACAAGUUCACCGUCGGCGCCUUGGUUGGUUGAUUUUGGUUUGGGCGAUUUCCAGAGUGGAUUGGACUUUUGGAGCCAGCGGAUUUUGGAGUGGCUAAGGUACGUGGUUGAUGCAACUGGAAAUUCAUGUCGGUCAUUGCCGGUUACAUUGCUCCAGUCCAGAUGGCUUACAGCAGCCCAGUUUGAAGAUUUCCUCCAGUUGUCCGGUGCGCUCCACUGCAUUUUUCUUAACUGUUUCUUCCGGUUUGAUAACCGCAACCCAUUUUCCAGUCCAGUUCGGUUUCUGCUCCCCCCCCCAAAAAAAAAAAAAAAAAUCUUAUACACUCAUAUACAAAUUAACAAUGCUAUGUGAACUACUUUUUUUGGCUCUCACGUGGGAGCUGGUAUGAAAUUGCCCUAUCAUUUAAUGAAAUUUCAAUGCAACCAAAUAGUAAGUGGCCUUCCGGAUGUCUUCACCGGGUCAUAAUAGCCCCUAGUCUUUCCCUCCCUCCCUCGCCAACCAGUUCAAUUUCAUGUCAUGCUGGAAUUCCCUACUCUUCAUUUGUUUGCUUCAGACCACUCUUCUCCAAAUGAGCAGACUCGUUUUCAAAUCAAACCCACACCCUGCUCCCUGUCUUCUUCUUCUUCAAACAUGUUCAAGCAUGAACCAACUCAAGCAAAUCCACGCCCAAACACUGAUCACCGGCCUAGCUCGUUUCACCUACAUCACCAGCAAGCUCUUAGCCUUCUCCGCCUUAUCGGAACAUGGGGAUUUACGCCACGCAGAGACUCUAUUCAAUCGAAUUCCGGCACCCAAUGUCUUUGAUUUCAAUUCCAUGAUCAUGGGUUUCUUGAAAAACUCACAUUCCAAAAAGGGUCUCUCUGUUUUUACCCAAAUGAGAAGGAUAGGUGCUGACCCAAAUGCUCGAACUUUCACAGUUUUGGUUAAAGCUUGUGUUGGGGUGCCUUUGCUUGAUCAGAUAUAUGGUCAGAUAAUGAAGUUUGGACAUGAGUGUGAUGUUUAUGUUACUAGCUCAGUUAUUAGUGUGUACUGUAAAUUGAGAGCUGUGGAAUUUGCUCGGAGAGUGUUUGAUGAAAGUUUGGAUAGGAAUGUGGUGUGUUGGACUAGUCUUGUUAGUGGGUAUUGUGGCAAUGGGUUGGUUGAUGAUGCCCGUGACCUGUUCGAUAAAAUGCCUGAGAGAAAUGAUGUGUCUUACAGUGCAAUGGUUUCGGGUUAUGUUCAGAAUGCUUGUUUCAACAAAGCUAUUGAUUUGUUUCGUGAUUUCAAGCGUUGUCGUGCGAAUGUGAGGUUGACAGAGUCUCUUUUGGUUAGUGUUCUUAAUGCCUGUGCUUCUGUGGGUGCAUUCGAGGAAGGGAAGUGGAUUCAGACGUAUUUAGAUGACCAUGGUUUUGAGUAUGGACUUGAGCUCGGUACGGCAGGAAUAGAUUUUUAUGCAAAAUGUGGAUUCAUUAAAGAUGCUAAAGAGAUAUUUGAUAAGAUGCCGCGUAAAGAUGUAACUACUUGGAGUGCUAUGAUCAUGGGAUAUGCUACUAAUGGUGAGAAUGAUACAGGGCUUGAACUUUUUGCUGAAAUGGAAAAGAUGGGACCUAAACCAAAUGCUGUGACAUUUGUUGGAGUUCUCAUUGCAUGCAAUCACAAAACUCUGAUAAAUGAAGCAUGGCGAGUAUUGGGACGUAUGAGUAAAAUUUAUAGCAUUGCUCCAGAGAUUGAGCACUAUGGGUGCAUGGUUGAUCUCUUGGCCCGUGCUGGGCGAGUGAAAGAGGCAGAGAUAUUGAUAAGAAGUAUGGCAAUGGAACCAGACGGAGCUAUAUGGGGGUCUUUACUUAACGGGUGUCUGAUACAUGGCCAUUUUGAGUUAGCCGGUAAGGUUGGGAAGCUUCUCAUUCAAUUAGAGCCUCAACAUAGUGGAAGGUAUGUUCUUUUAGCGAACAUGUAUGCCAAAAUGGAAAACUGGGAGGAUGUGUUGAGGCUAAGGAAAAUGAUGAAGGAUAGAGAGGUAGUUUCAAUUUCUGCUUGGAGUUUCAUCGAGAUUGAUGGUGUUGUGCAUAAAUUCUUAGCCAAUGAUAAGUCUCAUUCUCAUUCAAGAAGUAUAUACCAAACAUUAAGUCAACUGAGGAAGGAACUCGAAAGUUUUUCCAAUGCCAAUGAUUCUUUGCUAUUGUAAACCAAGUGGAAUCGGAAAGGUCAAUCCAAAGCAAGCAUGUCAUUGCGGACUGCUUGUUAUUCAAUCACUAUGUCCGUGGAUUCUUCUGCUGAUGAUCCUGGCGGAAGUUGGUUAUUGCAAAGGAAACAGACAAGUGGACAUCCUGUGCUAUUGUGUGUCCUCGAGUCAUAAGCUUCUCCAAGGGACUGAGAAUUAUAUAAAGCUUCAUCAGAUUGUGGAUGAAACUGUCAAGAAGCUUCAAGCUGAAGUAUUUGGCUUACCUGUUAAUAUGCGCAGGGUUAUAUUUUGGCACUGUAAGGCUCAAAAAAAGAAUUAUCCUCCUGCACACCAACUUGCAUAGUCCUACCAGUGAAGAUAAAAGUUUCUUGUCAAAAUAUUCACCAAUUUUAUAUGAUUUUCCAAUAUCCAUGAUUUCAUGAAAAGCCAAUUGUAUAGGUGAGUCAUAUGUUCUCAUAUUUAAUUCAAACGGUUUCUCUGAUGUCUGCAAAAAUGGCUAGCAGAAGUUGCUGCCUAAUGGCACCUUGAAUUGGUGGGUAGGUGAGUGUGCGAGUACUGGGUCAGUAACAAUGUACUGUUUCUUUUCACUGUCCUCUACCAUGUUUUCUUUUCAU